CUGUGUAUAUCUCAUGCAGUGUUCCUGUUUAUUUUCGUGUAUUCUUAAUUGAUGAAACAACAUAUCAGCUAGGCAUGGCAAGCGCACUGGAGACCCUCUGCAGCCAGGCAUUCGGGGCUGGCCAAUACUCCGCGUUGGGCAUCUACCUGCAGCGAUCAUGGAUAGUUCUAUUCCUCUGGGGACUUCUCUUGCUGCCCACCUAUAUCUUUGCGAAGCCGAUCUUCAAACUGGCAGGCCUGACGGAUGAGAUCGCGACACUGACAGGGACUGUCGCAAUCUGGGUCAUCCCACAGCACUUUGGCUUGGUCUUCCAGCUACCUCUAACUAGAUUCCUCCAAUGCCAGAAGAAGAAUGCAGUCACCGCAUGGGUGAGCGGAUUUACGCUGGCCGUUCACGUGUUCAUAAGCUGGCUGUUUGUAUACAAACUCAAUCUUGGGCUGUUAGCGGCAGCGAUCGUGAUGAACUUCUCAUGGUGGCUGAUUGUGGCGCUGCUGUUUAUGUAUACGGCAUGCGGAGGCUGUCAUCUCUCGUGGGGUGGAUUCUCUUGGGAGGCUUUCUCGGGGCUGUGGGAGUUCAUCAAGCUAUCGGCCGCUUCCGGCGUCAUGCUAUGCUUGGAGAACUCGUAUUAUAAAGUGUUGAUCCUGCUGUCCGGUAAUAUGAAGAACGCUGAGAUUGCAGUGGAUGCCCUUUCAAUAUGCAUGAACAUCAAUGGGUGGCAAUUGAUGAUUCCUUUCUCAUUAUUCGCAGCUACUGGAAUCAGGGUUGCUAAUGAACUUGGAGCGGGCAAUGGGAAAGCGGCCAAGUUUGCAACGAUCGUUGCUGUGGUCACAUCGUCAGUGAUCGGAGUCAUCUUCUUUGCUCUAAUACUAGGCUACCAUCAUAUGCUUGCUCUCAUCUUCACCUCAAGUGACGAUGUUCUCAAAGCGGUCAACAAAUUAUCCAUCUUGCUCGCCUUCAGCAUUCUCCUAAACAGCGUGCAGCCUAUUCUCUCAGGUGUUGCGGUCGGUUCCGGGUGGCAAGCGUACGUCGCAUACAUAAACAUUGGAUGCUACUAUUUCAUCGGACUUCCGGCGGGUAUUCUAUUGGCAAUCUUGUUCAAUUUCGGAGUUGCGGGUAUAUGGGGUGGCAUGAUCGGGGGGACUCUCAUCCAAACGUUGAUAUUAGCCAUCAUCACAAUCCGGUGUGAUUGGGAUAUGGAGGCUGAAAAGGCUAGGAUUCGCCUUGAUAAAUAUAGGGUCCACAAUGUGUUAGAAGCGCCGGACGCAAGUGAAGACUCCACAGUGCCUUAGAGCCUCAUUAGUCUAGAGAUUUGAAUUUUAAUCCUUGCUUGAGAUACUGAUCGUAUUUUCUAAAAUAAAUCUUAUUUUUUUAAUUCCCACUUUUUUUUUUCUUCUUCUUUUUACAUUUGCUUGUGUAACAAAUUGCGAUACGAUAAUAAAAUGGAAAGGAAGUGGUCCCAAUUGAUGUAAUCACUUCCUUAAAGUCAAAGCUAGACUUGCACACCCUCCAUUUCUCAGUGGAAGACCUUUCAAAAUUCCG